UCCCCCACUUUGACGCUCCACCCCCCUGCUCCCCAGUAAAUCGUUCAUCCAUAGCAACGUCGCCCCACCUACUCCUGGAUCCUCCCCUUCUCUUAACCUAGGCUCCUCCCAGUAUUUUCUCCCCUCUCUCCAGCCCCACAGUGCGCAGGGGGAGAAGCCAGGUUGGAGUGACCGGAGCUGGGCGGGGAGUGCGGGCCGGGCCGACAAGGCGAGAUGGCAGCGGAGGGAGUCGGACAGGUCACGUUUGAUGAUGCUGCCAUUUAUUUCUCCGAGGAGCAAUGGGGCAAUCUGGAGGAGGUCCAGAAGAAAGUCUACAAGGAGCUCAUAAAAGAAAUCUAUGAAAUUAUGCUUUCUUUGGGUUAUUGCAUACCAAAGCCAGAAAUCGUUUCUCGGAUUGAACGAGGGGAAGAUCCUUACGGUGUUGUCAGUAAGAAACAAAAGCUUCAGGAGCCCCAGCCGGAGGGCCUACCCACUGCCGGCAGCAAAGAAUCAGAACCUGAAGUAAAAACAGAGCGCCAGUCUCCUAUCCCUUGCAACACUGUCCGGCCCGGGGAGAUCUCCUCCUCACAGGAGAAGGGCGAUGGGGCCCAGUGUCAGAACUGUGGGACACACUGCAACAACCAAUGUGGCUUGAGUUUCCAGUGGAACGCCCAAAGGGCGUUUCACGGAUCCCCGGGAGAUAGGAGCCAGGGGAAGAGAUACGUGGCCCCUCAACCACUGUACUUUAGCGGGAACCCAACCUCCCCUUCUUAUGCCAACAAUGCAAAUGGAAUGAUUCAUCCAACAUCCCCAGUGGCCAGCUAUGGCAACUCACCAAUGGGACCGUUAUCUCCACAUUGCCCUGGCUAUCGAAUCAUUGAUCCCAGUGCACCCUUUGCUGGCCCAGAGAGACUGGGAAAUCCAAUGUUUGGAAACUUUGAGACCGGUCCACAAUCUUCUCUGGGCUCUGCUGGGAGCAAUUUGGGGAAUCUGGAACAUGAAACCCGAAACAGGAGGGAGCAGUUCCCCAGAGAACCCCCUUAUGUGCUUCAUGCACCCCCAUUCCAGGAGAGAAGGAAUAGUGGGAUGCCAUGUGCAGGCUGUGGCUCUUUCUGCAACAACCAGUGCCCCAUGAGCCUUCAGAGGAUGCUUCAGCCAGCUCCUGUUGUUGUCGACGGGCACCAAGGCAACCGUUACACAUCCCCUCCAAAUCCAUAUUUUAACGCACCUUCAUCUCAUUUUGCCAAUGGCAGACCUGGAAUGAGAUAUCCUAAUCCCCCAGGAAUGGCACCAAUAUCUCCACAGUUUCCUGGCUACCGGAGGCCUGGAGACCAAACUGGACCCAACAUGGUGCGUGGUAGGUCUGAGAAUCCUGCGGCGAGUCUGGGAAGUAAUGCAGCUAAUGGCUUCACACAAGGUGCAAAUAAAUUACCUGCAGCCAGCAGUGGGAAUCAGAGGAGGGCACAAGCAAUGUCCCCACUGGCUCCUAUUGAGCCAGUUCCUGUGCCUUCCACUAGUGCCAGCCCCGGGGCUGUUCAUGAGCAGAGAAAUAGACACUCCAUGGUGAUGAUAACCAGCACUGAGAACCCACGAGAUAAAAUGCCUUCAAACACUAGUAAAAAGCCAGAAAACUGGCGCUUCUCUGUGCAGGGAGGGAAUAUGGCUCCCAGAGCUGGGCAGCCUGUUGCACAACAGCAAAUGAACAAAACCAUACCUCAGAGGGUGGGGGAAGCAGCCAACAACAGAAGCUACUUCUUAUCCGAUAAUAAAGCUUCCGCUGCCAAAAAUGCAAAACAGACUUCUUCUGGUGCUGUGGUACUGGAGACUGGAUACGUGGCACUUACAGCCAGUGGUGGCAGUAGCGCUAUCAAACGUCCAACGCCUCCGAUCCCCUCUGAUGUUGUCCAGCCUCUCAAGAGGGCCAGCCCUCUGUCUGUACAUAGUGAGGGUCCUGGCGGAAAACGUGCUACACCCCCGGGGGCUACUGGUAACCAGCCCAGUACUUCUAGCACAACACCACCCAUAAACAAGCCAAUAAAUCUUGUUACAUCUCCCAUUAUAAUUAACGAUGAUCAUGAUGUAAAAAGAACUACACCCACAGAAACCAAAGAUGGCAAGUCCGUUAGACGGAACACCCCUCCCAUUACUAUUAGCAGAAUCCGGAAUGCUGGAGUUUUUCUGCCCCCGCAGCCUAAGACUAAAAGUAGAGAAACCAGUAACAGCACACCCGAAAUCAUCAUAAUCGAUGAUAAAGAUCCUAAAACAAACAGUCCGCACAAAUUACCUGAGAAUUUUACCAGCAAAGAAGUCAGAAGUUCUGCAAAUUGGACUCCUCAGUCCAGUAACUCUAAAGGCAAUGGAGACAUCCUUGCUGCCUCCUCCCUUCAAAAAACCCAGACUCAGAGUGGCGCAGUAUUAGUUAAUAAAGUGCAAGUACAGCAGCCUGCCCCUAUUAUUGUUACUGGGAGUCCAGGUAUGGCUAACCAGCCCCUUCCUGUAGCAGUGAAUGGAAAUCAGAGCAUUAUGCUGACGUUCCCAGUUACCAUGGGUAGCUCCGGUAUUAUGCUAGCGACACCCAUGAAUAUUGGAGAAAACCAGAUUGCUGGUGUGAAGCAAAGUAACAGGGUACCAAUAAGCAAGAACCCAAGGUUUGUACCAAACCAUACAGUUCCGCUAAACACACAGCCAGCAAAUGCCAAGUUUGCCCCCAUGGCCGUCACGCCUAUAAUGGGUCAAGCAAACCGUGUGCCUGUACCUCUCCAAUCCAAUCAACCCAAGCCCAUUACUGUUAACGUCAGUCAGCCAGCAGCCCAUAUUGCCGGUAGUCUGAAUGUGCAAAAUAACCUUCCGCAGGUCACCAGCGGAGCCAUAAAUGCAGUUCCGGUAAAGGCUUCUGGAAACCAAGCAAUAGGCCAGCCCUAUCCUCUUUUUGUUGAUGCACAUUCCGGUAUAAUUCUGACUGCACCCACAGUCCCUUCCAAGGAUGCCGUCCCUCCGGGAAUAGGCAAUACUACUGUGGUCACGGUAAAUGGCAACGUCGUUACUGGAAACGUGGCACCUAUGGCUCUCGGUGGAAAAUUAGCUUUUAGUAAUAUUGCUCCGGUCAAUGUAAACGGGGGCCUGGGUAUCGGGAAUACUGCCACCUUUAUUGCUGUCGACGGAGCUUUGGGUAUUCCUAAUGGAACUCCAGUUACAAUCACAAGCAAUGCCACUGCCAUUAAUAAUACAAAGGCCACGUUGAGUAUGAACAACCCAACUAUUUUAACUGUCAAUAGUGGCUUGGGCAUCAGGAACACCGCGGUCAUCGGAACCCCAGUUGGAAAUAUUACUCAUCUUAAUGCCAAUGGGCCAAUACAAGUCGGACAGCCUUCUACCUCCACUGUUCUAAAUGCCGACCAGCAGAACACGGGCAUUGUAAUACGAAAGGUCAAUGAGACUGCUGGGCCUGUGGUCCAACACACUUUAGCCAACACCAACCAGACACCCAUAGCGGUAGAGCGACUUUUUAAAUGUAGUCAGUGCGAAGAACGCUUUAGCAGCCUUGAAACACUAACCUCCCACCAAAAAGUUCACGAGGGGGCAAACUCCACUGCAGAAAGCGCCCAGCAGUCUUCCAAAGACCCCUCUGAGGCAGAAGAUGCCGGUGGGGUAACCGACGAGGACGCUCCAAAAAUCCUGUACACGACGCAAGGAGAUGAUGGAAGCACUGUGUAUGUAGUGACUGUGUAGCUCGUGUUUUUAUUAGAUCGACUCCUCAGUAUUAUGUACACACACUUAUGUCCCGCGACUUUGUACUUUGUAAUAUACGACAGUCAACUGUGCUUUCUUUUUUUAAGAGAAAAACGUGUUUUUGAGAUCUUCAGGUUCAAAGUAUUUUUAACUAAAUCUUUAAGAAAAAAAAAUCUCAAUGAAAAAGGGCAAAAAAAAAUUGGUUUUAGUUCGAAAAUUUGCAACUUAUUUAUUGCUGCAAAAAAAAUAUAUAUGAAGAAAAAAAUAUAUAUAUUUACCGAUCAACUCUGAGACUGUAAUGGAGUCUGAGGGUUGCACAGAAAUUAUAUUGAUAUCAAUAAAGGCUACUGUGUAGAAUUAGAAAGAAUUCUGUGUUUCCUAAACUGUUGAAUAAAGCUGGGCAUACACACCAAACAAGAUCUUAACCUGAUUUGGCCACCAAUAGGCAUGGGCAUAUCAAAAUGAUCAUUAGGCCCAGGGGCCAACUAUCACAUCAUAAUGGGGUCCUAUGCUGACCCUUGGGAGAAGACCACAUCUACUUGGCAGGAUUUACAAGAUCUACUUGCCAAGUUUUUGCCCAAUUUCGCCAAAUGUCAGGCAGGCCAUCCAGAGGGCCCCCAUAAAUGGCUUAGUUCUUUCCGGUCUGUGUAUGACCAGCUUUAGAUAAACAUUUACUUUGCCUUAGAAUUUCUAACUAGAGUAAAGGUCCCCAUACACGGGCAGAUCCGCUCGGCCAAACGAUCGAAUUAUAACGACACGCAUAGGAAAAGUCAGUCCGGGGACCGCAUCAACGAGGCGAUGCAGUCCCUGAUCUGGCUAGAUUUUCUAACCUGCCCGAUCAAGAUCUGGCCGAUUUCAGGCCAGAUAUCGGUCAGGCAGGCCCGUUGGUAGUGCCCAUACAUGGGCCGAUUAGCUGCAGAAUCAGUCUAAGGGACCCAUAUCGGCAGCUAGAAUCGGCCGUGUAUGGGGGCCUUAAGUUUGCAGGGACCCCCAUCCAAAUUGAAAAAUGCCCAAUUUAAAAAAAAAAAAAAAAAAAAAACAAUGAUAAGGGAAUAUUUUAGAACUGGCAACUCUGGUUGGGCAUAGUGGGGUGAAAUUUUCUAAUAGGUCACUUCUAGGGGUGGGGGGUUGAUUCCCCAGUUCCAUUAUACCAUGUAACACUGAAAAUGAUGGGUCUUGUAACAAGUAGUUUAUAUCAGGUAUUCCUUACUCUUAAGGUAGCCAUACACAGGCCAAUAAAAGCUGCUGAAGGACCAAGUUGGCCCUCAGAUGGGCCUGCCCGAAUGAUAUCUGGCCAAAAAUAGGGCCAAAUGAUCAGAUGAAUUCGAUAUCGCUCAGGGUGGGCACAACCGAGGAAAGAGCCACUUAUUUGGUGACCCCACUAAAUAAUCUGGAUCUUUCAGCGAGGAGAUUCCAGAUGCCCAUGUGUUGGCAUUGGUUCCGUAGUAACGGAGUUUGUGAAUUCUAGAGUGUUUUCCUAAAGGUGGCUAUACACGCACCGUUUCGCAUCGAGGUUUCAUACGAUAUUUAUUGCAUAUAUGGCGGCUCGAAGAGGUGACCGAUAUUGCACGGAAUCGAUAUGGCAUGCCUUUGCCUAGGACAAACUCCCAUUCUAUAUGAACUUGCAAGCUUGAAGAUGCCAAAGUUUUACAUUUCAGUUUUCAGGUUUAUUGCACUUAAUAAAGGUCGAGUUUUUGAAAACUUGAAUCGAGAAAAAAAAAUCAAAUUCGAAUGUUGAUAAAUCAGCCCCUAAGUGUAAGGAAUACCUGAUAUAAAUGACUUGUUGGCGGUCCCAACAUUCUCAGUGUCACAUGGUGUAGUGGAAUGAGCGGGAAGGCAAACCCCGCCCUCCGACAUGGGUCACAUCUCAAAGAAACUUCUCAUUUUCCUGCUGUGUGUUGCCUUUUUGGGUUGUAUGUCAAAUUGGGGAGGGAUUUUGUGCGUCUCUGAUGUUAAUGCUGUAUAUACCGUUACUUUUCAACCAGCAAAAUGAAACUAAUCGGCUGCCAACAAAUAAUUCAACUGUAAAUAUUUUUCUAUAUCUCAGUGUUUUACAACAAAAAAAAAAAAGUUUUAGUAAGUUCUUACGUUGAUCUGUCGGUUCUACCUCAUGGCGUGAUUUGAGGUUCUAAGCCUUUCUUUUCAUUUAUUCCCCUAAUUCAUACUUCAUAAAAUAAAUAUUUUACCACUC